AUGACAUCCAUUUUAUUCAUAGCAUUUAUUUCAUUAUUCGGAUUAUCUAGUGUAUAUUCAAAUAUAGCCGAUUUCGACUGCUUCGAACGAGUUGAUCCUGGUCCAGGUCGUGCAUACUUUGAAGUAUAUGGUUGGAACGCACAGAAUAAAACAUGUACCAAAUUUAUUUAUGGUGGUGCACUAGGUAAUCGUAACAGAUUUGAAGCAAGUGAAGAAUGCCUUCAAUCAUGUCAUGAUGCUGUUUUAAGUAAACAAUUACAUUUCAAUCCAACUCGUCGUUAUAGUGCAGUAAAUCGUUUACAUGAACAAUUUCAAAUUGCAUUAAAUUUAGAACAAGUUGAAAAUGGUUAUUUUAAAUUGAUUGCUCAACCUGAUGGAAAAUUACUAAGCGUAGUUAUUCCAAAUGGAAAACCAAGUAUUGAAAUACAAGAUUUUACUGGUGAAGAAACACAAUUGUGGGAUAUUAUUCCAACAGGUGAAAAAGAUUAUUAUAGAAUUAAAACACGAUCUAAAGUAUUCGAUCGUAUGGAUUUCAUGUUUUUACAAGUUACAAAUGAUGAUCAAACACAAGUUAAUUUAGCUAAACGUGAUAAUUCGUAUCUUGGUCAACAAUGGCGAUUUAUUUAA